AUGGAGGUGGCUCUCGGCUCGGCAGCCUCGCUCCUCGGCAAGGUGUUGAGGACGCUGUCCGACAGCCUGGUGGCUGUUUACGUGGACAGCCUUCAGCUCGGCCACAACUCGGAGCAGAUCAAGGACAAGCUGCUGCACGCGCAAGGCCUCCUACACAACGCCCAGCUCCAGGGGAGCCACAACCCUGGCCUCCAGGGGUUGCUGGAGAAGCUGAGCAGGGACGCCGACCAGGCAGAGGACCUGCUGGAUGAGCUCCACUACUUCCAGAUCCACGACAAGCUACAUGGCACCACCCAAGAGUCCGGCCCGGAUCUGGAUGGUGUUGUUCUCCAUGCCGGUAGUGCUGUUCGCCACGCCAUAGGCAGCUUCGCCCGGUUCUUUUCUUCCUCGCGUACACCCAAGACCAAGAGGGAUGGUAGUGAUGAUGAUGCUGCUGUUGUCGGCCGCCUCACAAAAAAAUCCAAAACCAACUCUACUAGUGCUAGUGCUGAUGGUGAUGAUAUGCUGCAUUUCGACAGAGUGUCCAUGUCCAGCAAGAUCAAGUCCCUGUUACAGGGCAUGCAGUCCCACUGUGAUUCCGUCUCCAAUUUGCUCAUCGGCAGUACCCCAAGCAACAGCGUGGCAGUCGUCGUCCUACAUCGGCCUCAGACUGCUUCCAUGAUUAUACAAGACACAUUGUAUGGCAGGAGAGACAUUUUUGAGGAAACUGUCAAUCGUAUCACCACUCUUACCGGUACCACACAGACUGAGACUGUUUCUGUUCUUCCUAUAGUUGGUCCAGGCGGUAUUGGAAAGACAACUUUCGCCCAACAUCUGUAUAAUGAUGGCAGGACUGAAAAGCACUUUGAUGUUCCAGUCUGGGUAUGUGUAUCGACUGAUUUCGAUGUGCUUAAGCUCACCAGGGAGAUCCUUGUCUGCAUACCUGCAACUGAAGGAGGAAGCAGCAGUGUUGCAAAUGAAACAACCAAUUUAGAUCAUCUUCAGAAAUCCAUAGCGUAUCGUCUCAAGUCCAAGAGGGUUCUAAUUGUCUUGGAUGAUAUAUGGAAAUGUGACACUGUGGAUCAGUGGAAGACCCUGCUAGCUCCGUUCACAAAGGGGGAAGCCAAAGGAAGCAUGGUACUUGUCACAACUCGAUUCCCAAAGCUAGCAGACAUGGUGAAAACAGUUGAUCCACUAGAGCUGCGAGGUUUGGAGUCUAAUGACUUCUUCACAUUCUUUGAAGCAUGUAUAUUUGGUGCAGACGACAAGCCUGAGCAUUACGAAGAUGAGUUUGCUGGUAUUGCACGAAAAAUUGCAAAGAAGCUAAAGGGUUCCCCGCUGGCAGCCAAAACAGUUGGUAGACUAUUGCAGAAGCACCUUUCUCAGGAACAUUGGCAUGGAGUUCUUGAAAAGCAUCAGUGGCUAAAGCAGCAAGAAAAUGAUGAUAUCAUGCAAUCUUUAAAGAUUAGCUACGAUUACCUCCCAUUUGAUCUGAAGAAAUGCUUUUCCUAUUGUGGCCUUUUCCCUGAAGACCAUAGGUUUACUUCUUUAGAAAUCAAUCGUUUCUGGGUUGCAACAGGCAUCAUAGACUCUAAUCACCAAGCCGAUAGGAAUCACAUGGAAGAACUAGUGGAUAAUGGUUUUCUCAUGAAGGAAUUCGAUUGGCGUGAUCGAUGCUGGUAUGUAAUGCAUGAUUUAAUGCAUGAGCUAUCUAAGAGUGUUUCUGCACAAGAAUGCCUCAAUAUAAGUGGCUUUGAUUUCAGAGCUGAUGCCAUCCCGCAAUCUGUUCGACACUUAUCUAUCAACAUAGAAGACAGAUAUGAUGCAAAUUUUGAGAAAGAAAUGUGUAAACUAAGGGAGAGGAUGGACAUUGCUAAUCUGCGGACUUUGAUGAUUUUUAGAGAAUAUGAAGAAGAAAGAAUCGCCAAGCUUUUGAAAGAUAGCUUAGAGGAAAUAAAUAGUCUGCGUGUCCUAUUUAUAGCAGUGAAUACUCCAGAAUGUUUUCCAUAUAGGUUUUCAAAACUGAUCCACCUACAAUACCUCAAAAUUAGUUCAGGUUACAGAGACCGGGAAAUGAGUUUACCUGGUACACUAUCAAGAUUUUAUCACUUGAAAUUCUUGGACCUAGAUGAUUGGCAUGGUCGUUCUGAUUUGCCUGAAGACUUUAGCCACCUUGAAAAUCUACAUGAUUUCCGUGCUGAAAGUGAACUUCACUCCAAUAUUCGCAAUGUGGGAAAGAUGAAGCAUCUGCAGGAGCUAAAAGAAUUCCAUGUUAAAAAGGAGAGCAUGGGAUUUGAACUGGCAGAACUUGGGGCAUUGCCAGAGCUUGAAGGAGGAUUGACUAUACGUGGUCUUGAACACGUGGCAACCAAGGAGGAAGCUACUGCAGCAAAACUGAUGUUGAAAAGGAAUCUGAAGGAGCUGGAAUUACUCUGGGGCAGAGAUGGACCAACAGAUGCUGAUAUUCUUGGAAGCUACUUGAGCCAAACAGAGCUGGAAUUACAUGUUGAUAUUAGGAGGGGUAGAGAUGUUCCAACUGCAGAUGCUGAUAUUCUUGAUGCUCUUCAACCACACUCUAAUCUUAGAGUACUUAGAAUUGCAAAUCAAGGUGGUACCGUUGGUCCUAGUUGGUUGUGUCUUGACAUCUGGUUAACAAGUUUAGAGAGACUCAUUGUAGAAGGCGUAUCUUGGAGCACCCUCCCACCUUUUGCGAAGCUACCAAAUCUCAAGGUACUCAAUUUGAAGAAAAUUUCUGGAAUGCAUCAGUUUGGGCUUCGAUGUGGUGGCGCUCCAGGGAAAUGUUCUAUGCGCUUGAAGACAGUCGAGUUUUAUGAUAUACCAGAGCUUGCUGAAUGGGUUGUGGAACCUAAUUGCCAUUCCUUUCCAAGUCUUGAAACAAUCAAAUGCAUCAGUUGUCCCAAUCUCCGUGUGAUGCCCUUGUCGGAGGUAUCUUGCACCAAUUUGCGCACACUUCAAGUUUUCAGCUGCCCCAAGAUGUCUCUGCCCUCCAUGCCUCACACCUCCACACUGACGGAUUUGAAUAUUGGAAUAGGUGUAGUACGUUAUCCAAGAACAUUGUUGUCUUAUGAUGGAAAGAAAUUGGUUGUUGGAGGGUAUGGCGGUGCUUUGGCCUACCACAAUCUGGAUAAAGUAGAAGAUAUGGAUAUUGCAAAUGUAUCGCACAUAUCAUUGACAGACAUCGAAAAGCUUAAAUCCCUAACAGAACUAAGUGUCGGAAGAUGCGACAGUUUGUUCCCUGAAGAGCUGGAUGGCAGUAUUGUCUUGCGUUCAGUUAAGAGUCUCAAAUUAGAUGUAUCUCAUCUUACCAGCAGCAAAUCAUCAUCGUCAAAAGUGUUAAACUGUUUCCCAGCUCUUUCUGUGUUGGUGAUAGUUGGCUCCGAGGAAUGUGUAAUGCAGUUCCCAUCAUCUAGCUCACUGCAGAAACUUACCUUCUCAUACUGCAAGGGCCUGGUUCUUGUGCCCGUGGAGAAGGAGAAUGGAGAAGGAAUUCAGGAUGACAACUCAUUGCUCCAAUCAUUAACAAUACAGAGAUGCGAAUUGUUCUAUCGGUGGCCAAUGGGAGAAUCAGAGACAAUUUGCCCUGCUUCCCUGAGGGAACUUGAUAUUUGGGACGAGCCAAGCAUGAAGUCAAUGGCUCUGCUCUCAAACCUCACGUCUCUCACCACUCUAAGGCUAAUAUGGUGCAGUAACUUAACAGUGGAUGGAUUCAAUCCUCUCAUCGCAGUCAACCUCAUACAACUGCAAGUGCGUUGGUGCAACACCUUAGCAACAGAUAUGCUCUCAGAGGUGGCCUCUCAGAGGGCCAAAUUAUUGCCUGCAGAUUACCUCUCUAGAUUGGAGGUACUCAUCACGGAUGACAUCUGUGGAUUGCUUGCUUCUCCUAUUUGCAACCUCCUCGCCCCGGCCCUCCACACACUUAAAUUUGAGGAAGAUGAGAGGAUGGAAGGCUUCACGGAAGAGCAAGAGAAAGCGCUGCAGCUCCUCACCUCCCUCCAGAAUCUAACAUUUUUGAGAUGCAGGGGUCUGCAGUCGCUUCCUCAAGGGUUACGUCGCCUUUCUUCGCUCGAGGAGUUAGGUGUCCUUGCGUGUGCAGAAAUCCGAUCAAUGCCCAAGGAGGGCCUCCCGGUUUCGCUGAGAAGACUAAAGAUGAAUUGGCGCAGCACUGAGAUAGACGAGCAAAUUGAGAAAAUCAAAAGAAGCAACCCAUAUUUAUCCGUCUCGGAUUACUAACUACACCCAAGACUAGCAGGUUCCACUCCACUCCGCCACUAUUGCAAUCAAUCUUUUAUGCACACAAGCUGUCAAACCUGCACAUUAAUCAGCAGAUCGGGUGCGAGAUACAACCAACCGACCAUUCAUUCUGCAACGCAACGCAAGCUGUUAACUCUUCAUUCUGCUACAUGAUCGAUAUUUCUCUGCAACUCAAUAUGCCGGUUACGGCUUCUGUUCCCUAUGUGAAAUAAAAAAGGACGUGUGAGACAUCACUCACUCACUUGGUACCGAUCAAGAAGAAGACUUGAGUGGUAGCUGCAAGAAUUGAGGCUGGAAUCAUGGAAUUAUCAGGCUUGUGCUCUUUUUUCACAUGAAGCAGCAUGACUCUGCUAGUGCUGAUGAUGGUGAUACGCCGCGUUUCGACAGAGUGUUCAUGUCCAGAGAAAUCAAGUCCCUGUUAAAAGGCAUGCAGUCCCACUGUGAUUUGGUCUCCAAUUUGCUCGCCAGUAUCCCAAGCAACAGCACGAUAGUUGUCGUCCCACAUCGCCCUCAAACUGUUUCCAUGAUUAUACAAGAUACACUGUAUGACAGGGCGGACAU